UUCAUGAAGCACAUAAAGUUUUUUGGGGUUUUUUAAAUAUCCUUUUCGCUCCAUUUCACAAUUAUCCGCAAGGACAGCCUGAGGGCAUAGAAACAGCCAAGAGUUUGGUCUUAAUUGAAUAGAAGUCAGAAGAAAGUCAUUGUUUACAAAGAAAUCCUUAAGAAUUUGUAAGGAUUUGAGUUUUCUCUGCGUUUAUUUAGGUUUCUGUGUCAGUUGAGUUUCCGUGUUGUCCGGUCUACCCUUGAUUGAUCCCAGCUGUGUCUAGUUCCCCUGAUUACACUCUGUGUAUUUAAAUCCACCUGUGUCUCUUGUUUGUUGUUGGGUCCUUGUCUAAUGUCAUUGUCUCUAGCUGUGUUUCCUUAUGAUACCAGUUCUGAGCUCCUAGCCUUCUGCUCACCUGUGCUGCCUGGAUUUUGUGCAUUAGUCUUCAUUAAACCAUCAUUUUCUCUACUACCUUGGUCCACUGCGUCUAUCUCACCACUCUGCAACCUCAAAACAUGACCGAAUUCCCAUGUGCCACAACCACAAUAGAUGGUUGUGGCAGCAUUAUGCAUUGGCCAUUGUUUUCUUGAGUGAGGACAGGGAAGAGAAAGGGAGGAAAAUAACCAGUGCCCCAUUAUCAGCCGACAUGGCUUUGAUAAGCAUGAAUCUGCAAUUUUACUCUGUCAAACAUCCCAUAUUGGGAAAACAAUCUAGUUUGCCAACUGAGGUUAGGACUGUUAGAAAUGUCUUUAUCUGGUUUAAACAAAUUAUCAUCCUUGUUUGUAAAGUCUCAAGCAAACUUCUAUGGAAAAAAUAAGAUUAUUUUAUUUGUCAAGCUGAAACAUUUCACUUUUGCUUUCUCAGCCUUUAGUCUUUUAAUUCUCUUUUCUUCCCCUUUUCUCAGGUUGAAAGCAUCACGACUUCUGACGAUUUCCAGAUUCUCUCCUGACCCUCUUCCGUCCAAACACGCAGCUAUAAGUGGGCAAUCAUGAACUGGGGUAAUCUAGUGGUGCUCCUGAGUGGAGUUAACAAAUACUCCACUGUGUUUGGCCGGCUCUGGUUCUUUAUGGUGUUGAUCUUCCGGAUCCUAGUGUUUGUGGUAGCAGCUCAGCGGGUGUGGGGCGACGAAAACAGAGACUUUGACUGCAACAUUAAGCAGCCAGACUGCACCAUUGCCUGUUACGACCAUGUCUUUCCCAUCUCCCCCAUCCGCCUGUGGGCCCUGCAGCUCAUCUUCGCCACCUGCCCAUCGCUCAUGGUCGUCGGUCACGUCAAGUACAGGGAGAAGAAGGACAUGGAGUACACCACCUCCCACAAGGGGGAGCACUUGUAUGCCCGCCCUGGAAAGAAACGUGGAGCCCUGUGGUGGACUUACCUGGCGAGUUUGUUCUUCAAGGCGAGCUUCGAUGCUGGCUUCCUCUAUAUCCUGCAUUUCAUCUACAAGGGUUACGACAUGCCCCGCCUGACCAAGUGCGAACUGCCACCUUGCCCCAACGUAGUGGACUGCUACAUAUCCCGGCCCACGGAGAAAAAGAUCUUCACGCUCUUCAUGGUGGUCUCCUCUGCUGCCUGCAUCUUAAUGUGCAUCUGCGAAAUGGUGUACCUCAUCUUCAAACGUAUCAAAAAGAUCAUUAUAAGGAAGAAGGAGUACGACAUGCAGAGGUUCUCGAAAAGUCACAAAAUGACCUAUGUCUAAGACUGAAGAAAAGCCUCCUAAGCGAGUGGAGGAAAGCUAGCAGUACACUGUCCAGAGUGUUUUUGUCGAACGCCAUGGAGAGAGGGAGUUCUCCAUGAGAGAAAACGCCAGUUGCUUUAAGCAAUCCUUUAAUGUGGAUUUGUAAAUAAUUUAGAUGAUAUUCUGAAGGACACGAUGUGCACCUCCUCUCUCUUAACACAGAGGUCUCCAGUGUGAAAGGAUUGUGUGUUUGACUAGUCUUAUUUGACUGGUUGUAAUUGUGUUCUGGUUGUGCUAUCUGUAAUAUUUGUAAAUAACUACAACAUAAAUAAAUGAAUGUGGCCACUUAUGAGGAUGUAAGCAUUGACCACGAAGAAUUAUAAAUAGUAUUGAACAAUGCUUAGCAUUUUCUAGUACAACUGAAUGACUCAGUUUUAUUUAUCUCAGGUAAAUAGUCUUAUCACACCCUUUGAUUACAACUGCUUCACAAUAAAAGUUUAUAUUUUUCACGUAGCUGGAAAGUUGUAUUUUCAUAAACCUAUUUUAAUAGAGCUUUAACAAUAAAAUAGUUUAAAAAGAGUUUGAAAAGGGGGUAAAGACACAUAUUGAAGACGUUUUGCUUUAUAUUUUGUAUUUAUUGAUGCAACCAAUAAAAUCGUUAUUU